CUCUUGCGCCUGGCCCCCGUUUCACAGCUCUGUAGACUAACCAAAUUAUUUUCUACUUACAUUUUCAUUUUUUCCCCUUGAACUGCUUCAAGCAUUUCAGUCCUGCAGAGCCAUUCAAGCCUUUCCCGCCUGUGUCAAAUGCCGCCAUUUCUCUUUAAUCUAGUCUCUAGAAUACAACCAGAUGGAUAAGAAAAGGGUGGCGGUUCCACUUGUGUGCCAUGGUCAUUCUCGCCCUGUUGUUGAUCUGUUUUACAGUCCUGUCACUCCCGAUGGCUUCUUCCUCAUCAGUGCGAGCAAGGAUUCUAGUCCCAUGCUUAGAAAUGGAGAGACUGGUGAUUGGAUUGGAACGUUUGAAGGGCAUAAGGGUGCGGUGUGGAGUUGCUGUUUGGAUACUAAUGCUUUACGAGCUGCUUCUGGUUCUGCUGACUUUACUGCGAAAGUGUGGGAUGCAUUAACAGGGGAUGAACUGCAUUCUUUUGAACACAAACACAUUGUUCGAUCUUGUGCAUUUUCAGUGGAUACUCGCCUUCUGCUCACUGGGGGAGUGGAGAAAGUCCUCCGAAUUUUUGAUUUGAGUCGUCCAGAUGCACCUCCAAGAGAAGUUGACAAGUCUCCUGGCUCAGUGAGAACUGUUGCAUGGCUACACAGUGAUCAGACAAUACUAAGUUCUUGCACUGAUAUGGGGGGCGUGAGACUAUGGGAUGUUAGAAGUGGAAAGAUAGUGCAAACCCUUGAGACCAAGUCAUCUGUGACCAGUGCUGAAGUGAGUCAAGAUGGUCGGUAUAUAACAACUUGUGAUGGUUCUAUGGUGACGUUUUGGGAUGCAAAUCAUUUUGGGUUAGUGAAGAGCUACAACAUGCCUUGCACAGUAGAAUCAGCUUCAUUGGAACCCAAGUACGGGAAUAAGUUCAUUGUUGGGGGAGAAGAUAUGUGGAUUCAUGUAUAUGAUUUUCAUACCGGUGAUGAGAUAGUAUGCAACAAGGGUCAUCAUGGUCCUGUGCACUGUGUGCGUUUCUCACCAGGAGGGGAAUCAUAUGCCUCUGGAUCUGAGGACGGAACCAUCAGAAUAUGGCAGACAGGCCCUUUGUCGCAUUAUGAGAAUGAGGGAUUCACAGAAAAUGGAUCAAUUAGAAAGGUGAAAGUAACAGCAGAAGAAGUUUCGCUUAAGGUUGAGGGCUUCCACAUUUCAGACGACGGGAAGGCCAAAGGCAAGGAAGAAGCAGGGAAGGACUGAUGCAAGGAAAAAUUGACCGCAUCUUUUCUUUUUUAUAUAUUUUCAUUUGGUGGUGGUGUUUGAUGUGGUUGACCCGACUUGUUACCGUUUAAGACCACCUAAUUUUUGUACGAGGCCUAGAUAGUAAUGCAUGUCAUAGAUAGGCUGGAUCAUACUGUUUUUGCAUUUGAGCUAGCCUUAAAAUCGAUCGCUCAAGUCUUGUUGCCCCUCUACUGUCUACAUUGUGUUUGGCUGGGAAAACCCUAUACACGUAUUCUUGAAUGCAGCUUCAUUUCCAUUUAUGAAAGCCCUGGAAAGUUUCCUGAUA